CAAUAGUCACAACCCUAGUACCUACCUAGACCUACCUACGUAUUAUACUCGUAUUUUCAACUGAUUCAAUUUUCAUCACGCUGCUGAUUGCUCAUGGAUGACGUAAUCGUGUUUCAAGAAACAACUCGACUCGAUUCCUUUUUUUGUCUGAUUUUGCUUUGUUUUGUGCGUUCUGGCUUUUAGCUUCAGUUCAGUUUUAGACUUUUAGUUAUUUCCUGACCGUCGUCGCGAAUUGUUUCGUUGUUACUUGAGUUGAGUUUCUUUACUGGAUGCUCAUUUUACUUGUGUUGAUUGUUGACUUUUCCCAUUAUUGAGUGUCGAACUGUCGACGUGUGGAUUUAUUUCUGCGAUCUGUUUGAUAAAGACGACUCGAAGUUUUUUUUUUAUAUACUUAAACAUGGAUAAAGUGCGUUUUAAGAAAAGAAUCUUACGCAGUGAUAACGGAAAUAUCCUCCAAAAAUUGCUAUUUUCAAAUAGCAAAUUAGCGCUGGAUAUUUAUAAGAUUUUGACACAGGAAGAACCGGGAAAUCUAGUUUUAUCACCGCUCAGCAUACAGCUUGCUUUAUUGACUCUACUAAGCGGUGCGAAUGGUAAAACUGCUGAGGAGCUGAAAAGAGGGUUGAAUUUGACCGAAGAAAAAGAAGAAAUAUUUCAGGGAACGAAGCUUCUAUUAGAAAGCUUACAGAAUUCUUGUUUGGAAGUAGCGUCUCAGAUGUUCAUCGAUGAACGAUUCCCUAUGAAGAAAUCGUACGCCCAAUUGGUAAAGAAGUAUUUUGAGUCCACCUAUCAAACCGUUAAUUUUACAAAAUCGCCUGCCAAAGCCGCUAAUCUGAUCAAUUCGUGGGUAUCGACAAAAACAAAUAAUUUAAUCAAUAACGUAAUUUCUCCUAGUGAUCUGAAAGAUCUUACAUUUAUGAUACUGUUGAACGCUGUUUACUUCAAAGCAGAAUGGCGGGAUAAAUUUGGUCCCCUGUUUACGAGAAACGAACCAUUUUAUUUGUCCAGAGACCGUUUCGUCCAGAUUCCCAUGAUGCGUGAGUUUCGAGAAUACAGGUAUUCGAAGCAAAAAUCGUUCGGGAUUCUUGAAAUUCCUUACAAGACGGGAAAAGACGUGAGUUUCUUGGUUUUUCUACCCGAUGAAAUCGAUGGAUUGCCUCAGCUCGAAAAUGCACUAUUCGAAACCGAAUUCCAUGAAAUGCUCAAGAAGUUGGAAGUAACUUGGGUAAGACUGCGGUUACCUAAAAUGAAAAUCGAAAAAUCAGUCAAUGUAAAAGAAAUUCUGAAAAAACUUGACAUAAAAUCUAUGUUCUUCCCUCUUACUGCGGAUUUUUUUGAUAUGUUCUCCACCGAAGUGCUUGACGAUGUUUUAUACGUGAGUGAUCUCGUACACAAAGCUGUUCUUAAGGUUAAUGAAGAAGGAACAGAAGCAUCUGCGUUUACUAGAUCAAUACAACGUGGUGGUGGUUGUCCUCCUUCAAUCGACUUUUUCGUCGAUCGGCCAUUUCUUUUUAUGAUUGUCCAAAAAGACUUUAUUCUAUUCAUGGGCAGAGUUACUAAUCCUCAGUAAUUUCAACCUGGUUGCUUCAAAAUUCAUAAGCUGUGAACUAUGAGCAUAUUAUAAGCAUUAUUAAUCAUCAUCAUUGUUAUUAUUCAACUUUUUUUUGCGUAUUUUUACUCAUUUUCUUCGAAGUUAUUAUACUUAGGUGUACUCAAAAGUGAGAUUAAUUUUUUUUUUCGUGUUUUUCAAGUUAGAAGGAUUCCUCGAUACCGAGGUUACCAGUUGGUGAGAUAAUGUUUUAUUUUAGUAUUAGAUACACCGUUGUAUUUUUGAGUAAUAAUGUAAGUACUUAUUUUAUUCAUGUACCUACGUACUUCAGUAUACUUUUUGUAUUUACUUUAUCAGAGAAGAAUAAAAUAAGGGACGUAUUUGUUGAAUGUCUUUGUGUAGUA